AACAUUAAUACUACCAAUUAUAUAUCAUAAUAAUUAAGAGUAAGAUCAAUAAUUCAAGAUGUUGGAUCAUCCUCAUCAGGCUAUGAUGAGAUAUAAUUACAAUAACCCCCCAUCAUUUCCUCAUCAGCCAGAAGCAACAGCUAACAACGGUUGUUAUGCUGAUUAUGGUGGUAAUGGUUAUGGCUACGGCUACGGUCGUGGUCAUGACCAUAGUGGUUCUUUUGGGAUAAGUGGAUUCAACAACAAUGGCUACGGCAACCAAAAUUUCUCUGGUGCGACGGUUAACAGUGGAUAUUAUUCCGCUGAUCGAAACAGGUACUACACUACAAACAACCACGAUUCCCCUAUUUUUAACAAUAGUGGCAGUUUCCAUGGCAGUGGCAAUGGAAGCUAUUAUGGAGGUGGUUUUGACGCAAGGAACUACUACGGUAGGAGUGGCUAUGGUCCAAGGUUUUGAUCUAUAUAUGAUGCUUGUGUAAUAUAUUAAGGGUUUGUGGGUUUAAGAAAAUAUUUUUAUUUUUAAAAUUCUGUAAAAAAAAAAAC